CCCAUUGCGUCAGAUGACAAAUGGUUGGAUUUACGGAGACCACUAUUGCACUGAUUCUUUUUAAAUCCCAGUUUCUUUUCUUUCAGGCAACCUACAGGAUACUGAUUGGGAUCUAGCCUAUGAAACUGAAGACGAUGACAGUACCUCAUGUGAAUAAAAGUGCAAGAAAAAAACAACAACUUUGUCAUGGUAAUAUUGGCACCGACCCACGUCAAAUGACUUUGUGACAGGCACUACGAAGGACACCCAAGACCGAAGGGGUCCUUUGGGCGUCCCCGUUGCAUAGAAACACAAACCGCCAACACAGAUUUGUACAGUUCCAAACGGAAAGGUAACAAACUUGCCUUAACAUUGUACGGCGACAGACACAACUGCACAAGAUGGAAAUACGCACAUAUAUAUAAAUGAGAAACAGUCGCCACGCGGUUGUAACCUAAUGUCCGUCGUGACUGCGUAGUUAGCAAGUCACACUGCACAAUUCGGGACAAAACCUCUCUCGUAUUAAUGCCAUAAAAAUGUUUCCUCGACUGCCGUCGUUGUUUGUAAACGUUAAAACGUUCACGAGUGUCGGGUAACCGGUCGGCGGACUCGGUAAGCUACUCUUCGUUAGCCUGUCGAGCUAGUUCGUUCGUAAACACACACAUGGUGAAGGCGUCUUAAACCGAAGAGGGGAACAAAAACACACGACGACGACGUGGUGAAGCAAUGGCUGCCGACGACGAUGACAACAACAUCCCCGAGCUGGACCAAAAGAAGUACGACGCGGACGAGCAAGUCAAGAUCAUCUGUCUAGGAGACAGUGCCGUCGGUAAAUCCAAGCUGAUGGAGAGGUUUCUCCUGGACGAGUAUCGCCCGCAGCAGUUGUCGACGUACGCUUUGACGCUCUACAAACACACAGCCAAGGUGGCCAACAGGACGGUGGCAGUGGAUUUCUGGGACACGGCCGGCCAGGAGAGGUUUCAGAGCAUGCACCCCUCGUACUACCACAAAGCGCACGCUUGCAUCAUGGUUUUUGACAUCCAGAGGAAGAUCACCUACAAGAACUUGGCCAACUGGUACAAGGAGCUGAGAGAGUACAGACCUGAGAUUCCCUGUUGUGUGGUGGCCAACAAGAUCGACGCCGACCUGAAGGCGACCCAGCGGAGUUUCAACUUUGCUAAGAAGAAAGGACUCCCUUUUUAUUUUGUUUCUGCAGCUGAUGGCACUAACGUCGUCAAGAUGUUCCGAGAGAUGAUCAAGCGGGCUGUGGAAUACAAGCAGAACCCCGGCGACUUCAUGGACGAAGUCAUGCAGGAACUGGAGAAGUUUGAGCUAGAGAAGAAAGAAGCUCAUUCAGAUGCAGAGGGCGGUGACAUUAAGGGAGAGGAGAGCCCAGAGUUGGCCUGACCAAAGUCGCCGUCCUCACGUGUCCAUCCACGCCCUUGCGAUGAUACGAUGUGACCUCCGCUGCAAGACAACUCAAAUUAGAAUUUGUGUUCUUCAAUGUUUCUCUUCUCCAGUUUACAAGGGGGUCCUCGGUUGAUGACGCAGUUCUGUUCCUUCGGCGUCACCGGAAUUCGAAGUCGUAACACGCCAUGGUCUCUUACUAUCCUACACUCAUGCAGUCCUGAAAACGCUUCCAGGCUAUAUAAACCAAUUAAAUGACAAACACUGAGUAUGGCUGUAAUUGAGUCUUUUUAUGCCGCAUGACCACGUAGUCUUACCUCGCUGCAAAAACCAGCUCAUCGCGUGCCGUUUGUAACCUCAAAACCACAAUGCAGUCAUGGAAAAACGGUUUCUUCAAUUUCUUUCUCAAUAGUAACCACAAUCACUGGGGAUACAAUUCAGCUUAAGCGUUUGAAAUAGGACAUAACGGACAAAGGAAUCACCUGCAUUUUUGUCGUGUUUAUUGUAAAACUUUUGGUGGUAGCAGGCAUUAAAAUGAACAAGAAACGGAAGAAACACAGGUCCCAGUCUAAUCGCUUUUUCCACCGAGGACCCCGUGUAAUUUGUACCUUGGUUUUACCUGGUGCAAGAAUUGGGUGAUUGCGUCAUUUAUCAUUACAUUUACACAUACAUUUUUGUGGAAUAGAUUUUUUUAGAUCAAGAAUGUUCAUUUAAGAGCGAUAAAGCAGUCAUUAUUAUGUUACUGGAAUUGCAAAUUUCUGGGAAUUUUCAAAGUUGGAAAUUUCCCAAUCAAAAUGCAAUUUAAAAAAAAAAAAAAAGGUGUUUUAACUGCCUAUAGAUGGCACAAGAUGGCAGCAAUGCACUACUGAAAGAACGACGCUCCUAAACGCACUCCAAUUCCCCAUGCAAAUUUCUCACAUUUCCUGACAUUUUCCACAACUUUGCCAUCUUACAAUGCCAUCUUAGAUGUCUUGUAAUAAGAAUGUGACCCACUUUUGUCAUUGACGCUGUUUUCUGUGUUGUUUGGUCUCGAGUUGCUGCAUUAGUUUCAGGGUGCGCAUGCCGUUUGCCGGCAGCACAACUUUACACGAGUCAUCAACAUCGUCGUUUUCAGACUCGAAGACAAAGAAUGUAAUCCUUUUUAUUUCAACGCUGUCAAUAAACUGUGUAAGUGUUGUGAAUUGUGAAUAAAUGUACCAAAGCGCUGACUUAGCAGUUCAUGUUUUAAUUAGAAAUGUAUUCCAUAAUAUAACAAACAUAUCUCUGCAAUGGCGAUAUCCC